UAUCAUGUUUUCUAAUAGGUGGUGCUGUGAGUAAACGUCAUACCGAGUGAGGUGUAACAUGGUGCUCAAGGAGGCUGGACGUUAACAAGUUAAUAAGAUAUUCGUUUUCAUAAAAUCUGUGGACCAAAACAGCUGUUUAGAAGGAGGUUAUGACAGCUCUACGGCGUAAAGACAUACUGACAGCAGCACAGUUUACUCUUUCGUCGUCAUUAAUUUGGAGAUGGCACUUCAGACAGCGCCCAUGUGUAAGGAAUGUGGAUGGAGCUGUAAAAGCUGUGCUGAUCAGUCUAAUCUACAUCUUCAUGUUGAAAUUGAAAAUUUAAAGCAACGCCUUCUAGAACGAGAGCAUCAUAUAGUUACCAUGGAAACAAACUUUUUAGCUGAGGCAGAAAAGUUUCCAAAUGGAGAGUAUGCCGCUCUUACCGAGGAACUUCUAAUGUGGCAAGAUAAAUAUUCAAGACUGUACGAGUCAUAUAAGCGAGUCCAAAAAGUAAACCAAAAUUUGGAAGACAAAUUAUUAAGAAUUGUUGAUAAAUGUGAAACAGAGAAAAAUGCUUUAGUUCGUGAAGUUGCUUCAUUAAACCAACAACUUACGGACUCAAGAGUCAAAGUGAAUUACCUGCAAAACGAAAAUGAACGUUACAGGAAUGAUGUGAACCUUGCUAUUCAGUUGCUACAGUGUAAACCAAACAAUUUUGUGCCACAAAGAUAUGAUUCUCUUCCAGCAGAUUUACAGCAGAAAGUCCUUUCAUAUAUAUACAUGUGUGGAAGAAGAAGAGCCCCUGACAGUAAUUCAGCUCCUAUUAAAAUGGAAAUGAAGACCAUCAAAGUGCCUAUACCCUCUUCCCCACCAACUUCUAUGGUUUAUUCUGUCAACAAGAAUGCUAGUGAGAGUGAUGACAGCACCGAUGAAGGGACAGAAACAGCACAGCCACCAGUGGACAGCGUUUCUGCAGCAAUAAUGGCAAAGGUUCUGGAAGAACGGCAGCGGGAGCGUCAACAGAUAAGACAUUGUGAAAGUUGUCAGUGCCCUUCACAAAGUGGACGGAUUGUGGAAAAUUAUAUGAAAGGCAGUGAUGCUACUAUUCAGGUUGAUUUUCCAUGCUUGUGGUGUGGGCAGUGUGCGGACUUGGGAAAAACUGUCAUUGAUGCCACCAACAGGGCUAGCCAGGGCCUUGUAAGGUAUGUUGAUGUAAUUGCUACAAGAACUGGUGAAACUGUUAGUCGUAGUAGCCAAGUGAGGCAGAAUGAAAUUGACAGUAGCUACACUUCUAAUAAUAGCUCAGGAACUAAUCCUACUAGGUUGGGUGUCAAAAUUGAUAGUUCCAGACUGAGUACAUCAACACGCAAGACUGUUACUAGUGAUGUUACUUGUGUUCCACUUAGUGGAAGUUACAAGAAAAGUAAAUCAACUGAAAGCUUUUACCCUCAAAUCCCAAAAGCUGUGAUUACUGUUGGCAGUUCAGUUCCUGCAGUGAAUGGUUUCACAAGUGAGAAAAAAGAAGAAAGUCGUAAAUCAUAUAGUGAAUUGGAUGAAAUGUUGAGCAAUGGUUUUGGUAAUAAACAGACAUCUUCUGUCAACAACAGAAUAAACAACAGUUCUCCUGAACUAAAAUCAGUAGAUUUUUCGAAUAUAGAUGCUAUUGAAAAUUCGAAACAGAAUUGUUAUCAUAAUUAUGUAAAACACAGUGUAAAUAAUAUUAAAGGUGUUCAGAAUUGUACUAUAGAUCUUGAAGUAGUUAGUGAUGGCAAGAGUGAUACAUCUGCUACAGUUAGGACUAAAAGUAAUGGAGAUCUUGUAAAUAGAGUGCAAGUUUGUCAGGUAAGAAACACCUCUGAGAAUUCUGGAACAAAAGUGAAUAGCUGGGAUGGUAAAAGUUAUAUAAGUAAUGAUGAAUGUAUGAGCAGUUGUUCAGAGGGAACAAGAGAUUUAAAUGAAUGUGAGAAAUUAAUACCAUAUUCCACCUCUGAAAAGUGUGUUAGCCAAGUGCCAUUCCCUGGAAUGGUGAAGCCUACAGAAACCAGCAUAAGUAAGCUCACUUUUCUAAAUUCUUCUAAGCCUAAAGACAGACAUUUAGAUAAUUCUGUGCUUCCAGGACCUCGUUUGUGUUCAAUGCGUAUGCAGCUAGGUUCAAGUAAUAUCUUAUUAGAUAAUGCUACAGCAUAUGAACCUGUAUUGUACACAGGCAGAUCAUCUCACCAGGAAACCAGUAAAUUGUGGAAUAGCAAUUGCAGCAGGCCUGGAACAGCAGUGCUUGUGCAUUCACCAAGAUCUCACUCAGUAUCAAGCACAGAAGAGAUAGUACAUAGAAAUGAGGGAACCACCAAUAAAUCAUCUCAGUGGUUACAAGAAAAUCCACCAGAAACAGAGAUAUAGUAUAUAUUACAAUGAAGUAAAUAAUAUUAAAUGUAAAACAUUUUAAGAAUGUUUGAAUUAUAUAUGUCAAGUUCCUUGUAUUUUUGAAACUUGAAUUGUGUGUUUGUUAAUAUGAGAUAUACAGUUUUAUUCAUUCAGUGUCAGUUGAUGAAAUCCUGUAUUGCCGCUGAUUUGUAAUUAAAACUUUAGCUCUCGUACUGUAUUUAUUCAUAAUGGAGCAAGACAGGGCAGUGUACAAAGCCAGUUGGUUGCUGGUGUAUCUUAUAGUUGCCAAAUACAAAUUUUAGAAUUGUACUACAUGUCUUUUUGUCACUUGAAAAUUUUAGUUGUUUCUUUUUGCAUUUCUGUAUCUUCAAAUGUAUCACAUAUCACCUUAGAACUACUUAAGGCCAGCAUUGUGUUGUAACACCCAGCCCAAAGUGAAGUGAACUCUGAUAAUGUAGUUGUAACAUUGUUAUAACUUUGUGUUUGUAGAUUUUAAGCUGGAGUUCCUUUCAGGGGCGGGUGGGGGGAGCAAUUAGUGGAAUGGAAAUUGUAAUUGGUUCCUCCAGUUGUGCUACAUUCUGGAAUGGGGCAGUACUGAAAAAACGGUACCUUUUUUUGGUAAGUGGUGAUCAUUGAACAGGAUAGAGUUGUAUGUAGAGCAGGAAAACAGAUAUUAAGACUUUGCCACAUGAAGAAAGCAUUUUUAUAUCCACCCUGAAUUUUGAUAUUUUCUGCAUACAUGUCUAUAAACAUUUUAGUAGGCAUAAUAUAUUUGGAUGUGUAAUUCCUUAAAUACCAGCUCAUUCCUUUCCCCAAUUCACCCUUCUCUUUCUCCUAAAUCUCAUUUUGUAUAUGGUUACUGGGCGUAAUAGAGGAACAGUGACUUUGAUUAUUGCAUUAGUGUUUUGUAUUUGAAAAUAUUUCUAUUUUAAUUCUAUUAUAAUGUGUUGCAUGCAUCACAGUGUAAGAUAUAAAUAACCAUUUUUGGCAUCUGGCUACAUAAUAACCAUAAUGUCAUCUAUACUGUGUGCUGUUGACUACAUAUAGCAUUAUAAUUUAAAGUCUGGUGUUACUAACAGAGAGUCUUCUAUUCAUUGGGAGUAACUGAUAUGGUUGUAUUCCUUGUUUUCUGCAGUUGAGAGGUGAUUCAGUUGUGAUUAAGGCCAGACACAGUUAUACAUUAUAAAUUUCAAUUUGUUUUCAAAACCAUAUCAAGUAAUUAUUGUAAACUACAUUUCAAUAUCUAAUUUAUCUCAUUUCUGUAUGCACAUUAACGUGCUUCACACUUCUGGACUACAUGUAAUGGAAUGUUAGUCUUUAAGUCUUUAAAAGAAGUUAUAAUCUGGACUUGUGAAGUAAACCAUGUUUUAUGUCA